ACACCGAUAGCAAAACUGACGUUUCCUCUUUUCCUCUUCUGUGAAAUCCUCCAGCCAAGCUGUGCGCUAACUGAGUAGGCGAAUUCACUUCGUCACUUCACAAAAGACUUCCAAAUUCACUGCGGCAGACACUGGAAAAUAAAAAUGUUAAGUACAUCCUAGCUGAGAGGGAGAGACCGAAGGCUCCGUGUUCAAUCAAAGGUUUGCAAUAAUAGGAUUCACUUAAGGAAAAAAAAAAAAAAAAAAAGACAGAUGGGAUUAAGAAAUGCUGCGGUGAGAGUGUCAUGAGAGGCACAAGCAGCCUGCCUUUUGUGGACCUGCACAAUGAUCCCAGAGCCAGACUGGCUUAGGAGACCCUGGGACUAGGGCUCCAGAGAGACGCCACGGGCUCCCGGACACCCUGCAGGGCAGGGGGCUGAGACCAUGCAUCAGAUCUACAGCUGCAGUGAUGAGAAUAUUGAAGUUUUCACCACCGUGAUUCCUUCCAAGGUGUCCAGUCCAUCCAGGAGAAGAGUCAAGAGCUCUCAACACCUCUUGGCCAAGAAUGUGGUGAUCGAGUCCGACCUGUACCCACCACCGAGGCCCCUGGAGCUACUGCCUCAACGCUGUGAGCGCAGGGACACAGGCGACCGCAGGUGGUUGCAGACUGGCCGGGACACAGGCGACCGCAGGUGGCUGCAGACUGGUAGGCUGCAGACUGCCAGGCCACCCGGGGCGCAUUCCACCAAAACGCCCUCCAGACCUGUGGGGAUUUCUGAACCCAAAACUUCAAAUCUGUGUGGGAAUCGAGCAUAUGGGAAGUCACUGAUUCCUCCAGUGGCUAGGAUCUCGGUGAAAGCCCCAGCUGGGGCGGAGGUGGCAGCCAAGGGCUCAGAACAUGGAGCUGUUCUGGGAAGAGGAUCCAGACACCUCAAGAAGAUAGCAGAAGAGUACCCAGCCCUUCCCCAAGGAGCAGAAGCCUCCCUGCCAUUAACAGGCAGUACUUCCUGUGGCGUCCCUGGCAUCCUACGAAAAAUGUGGACCAGGCACAAGAAGAAGUCUGAAUAUGUGGGAGCCACCAACAGCGCCUUUGAAGCCGACUAAACUCGACAUUUCAUAGGCACCUUGCAUUGGCCAAGGUUCAGAGGAAGAUAGAAGAGUCGAGGACUGGGACUGAGCCACCCUCCCCUCUGCUGGUUGCUGGUCCAAACACAUCAUCAUUCCUUAUACUCUGACAUGGGGCAUGGAAAGUAACAUCCUCAGAAGGCAAGAAAGCUGUUCCUCAGAACUGCUAAAGCCAUUGGUUUUAAAGUCAUAUUGGUCAAUUAUAAAGGUUAUAUCACUAGGCAAGGCUAUACCAAAAGCAAACUUUCCUGGCCCGUUUAAAAGGAAAACAAGAAGGCGGUUGAUCUGUCUUCUUUGUGAGUUUUCCCAAGACGUAUGGUUUCUGGUGUAAAUGUAAAAGUUUGAUUCUGAGGUACUCAGAACACAACAGUUCUUACUUUUCCCAUCCCAUGUCUGUUUUCCCUUGAUGAAAUACAAAAGGCUUCAUCUUUACUUUGUUCUACUAUCUACUUAACAGCAACCAUUGCUUUGCUAACCGUGGGCAUGACUGCAUGAACUCUCUUCUUUUAGGUGCGUUCUUUUCUAUAGAAAAGCACUUAAAAUCCCAAUGUUAAUUUUAAUGUCCAAUAUUUUGUGAUGUGGCGCAAUUGGCCAGCUUUGUACGGUGACUUUUAUCCAGAGAGCAUUCUCCCUUCGUCGUCUCUUCUCACAAAACCUCUGCUAAGAAAGCACUGUGGUCCCCAACUUACAGAUCGGGACACUAGGGUAUCUGGAUGACAGUAUGUGACUUGCGGGACCGUCACCAGGUCUGAGCUUCUCUAAAAGAACUGAUUUAAGAAAGUCUUUAAGUGGAGAGAAGAAUCUGACAACGUAGGAACAAAGAAGUGAUUCGAAUGAAAUACAUCAUUGUGCAUCAGAUAAAGACGGGUGCAGAGAACAGGGAUCCGAGCACUUCAAGAGGUUCAGACAGGAGGGUCACAUGUUUGAGACACGCCUGCGCAGCCUAGCAAUGUCCUGUCUCAAAGACAAACAAAGCAUGCACGCACACACGCGCACAGAGAGAGAGAGAGAGAGAGAGAGAGAGAGAGAGAGAGAGAUUAUGCAUAGAUGAAACCAGAAAAAAUCGCCAUUUUUGUAAGUUGCAACAGCUGAAAAUCAAAUUUCCUGUGGCUCAAACUAAUAUUUACUAUCAUUUAAAAAUGAUCAUGUAAGAAAUAGUGGUAAUCAAAGCUAUCAUUUGUUAAAUGCCUACCUGCCCUGUGCCGGGCACUGUGUCGAACACCACGCAUGAAUUAACGACUAACUUGGGUGAAUUUUUCUCACUGUAUAUGUUGAUACUAACUCAAAAAGGUUAAGUGAUUAGAUUGAAGUCACCUAACUCUAGGUGUCCAACUUUGAUGCCCAUAUUAUAUCUUCUCCUUCACACAAAAUAAGGAACAAGGAAGGAUGGAAAUCAGCAAAGAAUCUUCCUCUGCAACGGCCGGGGAGAGGCUGCCUGGAGCGCAGCGUGGAGAUGCGGUAUCAGAGUGCGGAGAUUGUUUAGUGGUAUCUGCCUGUGAAGUGGGCGGUAACAUAGACCUUAUAUAUUUCUCAGCUGCGGCUUAAAUUCUGCCCCCCCCCCCGGAAGUCCUGUUCCCUAAUUAAGAGGUUUAAAUUAAUCCAACCUUCUUAAUGAAAGCAGACACUCUGUAGUAAACUCUGCCCGAAGAUUAUGUUGCGAAUCCCCAGGUCUUGGCACAAGAGCGAGUCUGAACGGUUUGGGUGUCAGGCUUGCUUCUGCUGCUCUGUGGAUUCCGCUUCCCUGUUCCUGACGCUCUGGAUAAACUGAAAGACGGCGGUAAGUCAAACCCAGACAUCCAGGCUCUUGCCUUGCUGACUGCUGCCCUUCCAACUCUGCUUUAGACCCCUGAGCAUCUGACCCACAUGUCCAAACAUAGUCUGGACACUUGGGCAUCCAGUGCUUUGUCCCAGCGAACCAUCUAAUGUCACAUACAAUAUUAAGUUGGAAUCCAGAACAAAGUUAGGGAUAAAACAUGUCACAGAGCCUCCAACGGUUGAAUUUAUUUAACUUAAAAUUGAUGUCUUAAAUGAGUGUGUGUGUGGCACCUGGAGAUUUAUUUUAUAUGUAGAC